AUGUUGGGCCAUGGCUCGCACCCCGCACACUCCUUGCGGGCUCUAACAAACCCAAAGGUUGGUGUGUGGUGUUCCAUCUGCAAGGCGUCCGCCCAUCCGUCCAUGGCAGGAUGGUGCAUCUGCGUGCACGAGGAGUGUGGAUGCGUUCUCUGCCCCAAGUGCUCUGAAGUGGAAGAACAGAUGCUUGACGCUCCGCAGGUCAUCACACGCAACCCAGUGCUGGGGCACGAGGACAUGACUGUCUGCCUGCGCACCCGCCCGUGCAGCACUGCCCAGGUGUUGUCCCCGCUUUACUCCGGCCAGUUAAUGGUUGCCGUUUCCAGCGCCAAAGGGACCGUCGAUGCAGGAGAGACGUACUACAGGGUAAAAACCGGUGGAUGGCUCAACGUUGCUCACGUUGUGCGUAUUCUUCCGUCGCAGCGACUUGUGAAUGAGCUCGCCGGAACCCACUUGCGAGCCAACGAGCAGCAAUCCGAUGAAUUAAUGGACCUGAAUGAUCUGGUCCUUUGCAUCACUGAGAGCCUUCGGCUAAUGGAUGAUCGUUCUCCGUACGGGCCGGUCAUGGCAUUGCUUCUCUUUUUUCCACUGUUUCAGUACUACGCAAAUAUUACACUGGUUUCGUCAGAGGGUCGCACUGCCCUUUUCCGUGCGUCUGGGGUGUUGAUUCAUUGCCUCUUCAAGUACAACGUGCUCGAGGAGGUUAGCGCGUGGGUGAACAACGUGGAGGAUGGAGCAAAGGUGACGCUGCUGGCACUCUACGUGGAUCUCUUAGCGAAGUCGCUUCUUUUGAUGCGGGACAUGGCGGAAUCGAAAAUUACGGAGCUUCCUUACCUAUUUGGCCCACUCAUAACGCGGACCGCCGCGGUGGUGCUCAAACUCGUUCCCGUCGUCGAGUGUGGGAUACCCCCGUACGAGAACGUCACCGAACUGCUGCGUGCGCCAUCCGUUGCCGGGCAACCGGUGAACUUUGAAGAAGAAAAGGCACGGCUCUACUCCUUUUGCUGCAACAUGUUGGAAACGGCGGGGUGGUUGCUGCUGCAUAACUCCACCUUUACGUACGAACUCAAAGACCUUCGCCCCCUCCGCGCUGCCGUCUCUGUUGUCCCCAACUCAGAGAAUCUUGCGUGCAUGCUUUGCCGGGUUGUGACGAGUGCGCUGGAGCGGGCCCCGUCAUUGCAGCGGCGGGUGCAUGAGCUGGAUGUUAUAGAGGUAGCCCUCUCGCUUGCCAGGAGGGAGAUAUCUGCGGGGAGUCAGAUCGCGGUGUUUAAGCUCAUCUCUGCCAUUGUGCACAAGUCGCCGAGCAACAUCUCACAGAUGGCGUCGUUUGUCAUUGCACCGCUGAUUCACCUGGCCAUGGUGGCCCAGAACGCCAAUGUAGCUAACGCGGCGUUUGACUGCUUUGCGGAACUAGCCUACAACGGCCAACGGGUGGAGGGUUCCCGAGCUGAUUUACAGAGUGAAGAGUCGGGGCUUCCACAGUGCUCUGCCGCCCUUCGCCCGCAGGAGGUGUCAUAUCAGCCGAUGAGCGUCUAUGAAGUUGGGGGUCACCGACAGGCCUUGUGUGAGUUCUGCAGUCACGCUCACCCCCCUAGGAACGCGGUGCCUCUGUAUGAACUCCAAUUCGCAUAUUUUAGAUGCCAGUGUCAGUGCUGCGGGUACGUGCGGGCGGCGCCUCUGCUUCCGCCGGCAAACGUCCCAACGACGUCGGCCGUUCAAAAGAUGCUGAAGGAGGGCAUCAUAGCAACCAUGUUCUCUUGGACCAAGCGCAGGGACAUCGGACGUCGUCAACGCCGUUGGGCGUUUGGCGCUGAAGAUCCCUGUCCCGGCGGAGGUGCCGCACGCCCUUUACGGCGCGCUGCUCGGGAAGGGCCUCGCCGGCUACGAGGAUGCCCUGCUCGCCAUCGCCGUCCACUCGCACCUGCCGGCCGUGCGAGAGAUGCAGCGGGAUUACCCGUCCGCCGCGGUAUCGCAGUACUUGUCGUGCCAGCCCAGCUUCAGGGCUGCCGCCCUCGCCGAGGCAACGCCCGGCAAGGGCUCGCAGAGUGCGGAACCCGACGGACUCACGCCAUCGCCUGA